GGUGCCCACAGGGCUUGGUUAGUGGGGUUUGGGGGGGCAGUAGGCGCAAAGAGCCUGGUUCGUGACUGCCUGCCGAUCGGCCAGCCAGUAGACAGCCCACUCGGUGGGGGAGGCGGCCGGUGUGGUGGCCCCAGGCCGCGUGGCCCGGUGGUGGUGGUGGAGCCAUGGUGUCUAAACUGAGCCAGCUGCAGACGGAGCUUCUGGCGGCCCUGCUCGAGUCAGGCCUGAGCAAAGAGGCGCUGAUCCAGGCCUUGGGGGAGCCGGGGCCCUACCUGCUGGCCGGAGAUGGCCCCCCGGACAAGGGGGAGUCCCGCGGCGGUGGCGGUCGGGCGGAGCUGGCCGAGCUGCCCAAUGGGCUGGGGGAGGCAAGGGGCUCCGAGGACGAGACGGACGACGAUGGGGAAGACUUCACGCCGCCCAUCCUCAAAGAGCUGGAGAACCUCAGCCCCGAGGAGGCGGCCCACCAGAAGGCGGUGGUGGAGACCCUGCUGCAGGAGGAUCCGUGGCGCGUGGCCAAGAUGGUCAAGUCCUAUCUGCAGCAGCACAACAUCCCACAGAGGGAGGUAGUCGACACCACUGGCCUCAACCAGUCGCACCUGUCCCAGCACCUCAACAAGGGCACCCCCAUGAAGACACAGAAGCGAGCGGCCCUGUACACCUGGUACGUCCGCAAGCAGCGAGAGGUGGCCCAGCAGUUCACCCACGCAGGGCAGGGUGGGCUGAUUGAAGAGCCCACAGGUGAUGAGUUGCCGACCAAGAAGGGGCGGAGGAACCGUUUCAAGUGGGGCCCAGCCUCCCAGCAGAUCCUGUUCCAGGCCUACGAGAGGCAGAAGAACCCCAGCAAGGAGGAGCGAGAGGCACUGGUGGAGGAGUGCAAUAGGGCGGAGUGCAUCCAGAGGGGGGUGUCACCAUCGCAGGCACAGGGGCUGGGCUCCAACCUCGUCACGGAGGUGCGCGUCUACAAUUGGUUUGCCAAUCGGCGCAAGGAAGAAGCUUUUCGGCACAAGCUGGCCAUGGACACAUACAGCGGGCCGCCACCGGGGCCAGGCCCGGGCCCUGCGCUGCCAGCCCACAGCUCCCCGGGACUGCCCCCGCCCGCCCUCUCCCCCAGUAAAGUCCACGGCGUGCGCUAUGGACAGCCGACAACCAGCGAGGGGGCAGAAGUGCCCUCAAGCAGCGGUGGUCCCUUGGUGACGGUGUCUGCACCCCUACACCAAGUGUCCCCCACGGGCCUGGAGCCCAGUCACAGCCUGCUGAGCACCGAAGCCAAGCUGGUCUCAGCAACCGGAGGCCCUCUCCCCCCUGUCAGCACCCUGACAGCUCUGCACAGCUUGGAGCAGACAUCCCCAGGCCUCAACCAACAGCCCCAGAAUCUCAUCAUGGCCUCACUUCCUGGGGUCAUGGCCAUUGGGCCCGGUGAGCCCGCCUCCCUGGGGCCCACCUUCACCAACACAGGUGCCUCCACCCUGGUCAUUGGCCUGGCCUCCACUCAGGCACAGAGCGUGCCGGUCAUCAACAGCAUGGGCAGCAGCCUGACCACCCUGCAGCCAGUCCAGUUCUCCCAGCCACUGCACCCUUCCUACCAGCAGCCACUCAUGCCCCCCAUGCAGAGCCAUGUGGCCCAGAGUCCCUUCAUGGCCACCAUGGCCCAGCUGCAGAGCCCCCACGCCCUCUACAGCCACAAGCCUGAGGUGGCCCAGUACACCCACACGGGCCUGCUUCCGCAGACCAUGCUCAUCACCGACACCACCAACCUGAGUGCUCUGGCCAGCCUCACGCCCACCAAGCAGGUCUUCGCCUCAGACACGGAGGCCUCCAGUGAAUCCGGGCUGCAUACGCCGGCGUCUCAGACCACCACCAUCCACAUCCCCAGCCAGGACCCCACCGGCAUCCAGCCCCUGCAGCCCACCCACCGGCUCAGCGCCAGCCCCACCGUGUCCUCCAGCAGCCUGGUGUUGUACCAGAGCUCCGACUCCAACGACGGCCACAGCCACCUGCUGCCAUCCAACCACAGUGUCAUCGAGACCUUCAUUUCCACACAGAUGGCUUCAUCUUCCCAGUAACCACGGCAACCGCCCCCCAGGGGCUGGGCCCUGCCUGGAGCGUGCCUGGCGUACUUGGGGGGUGACUGGGACAUGUGAGCCUG